AUGUUUGGCCGUCAGUCACAAACUCAGUUCCCCAAGCGAAGCAGCUCAGGCUACUCGUGGCCCGAGAGCGACAGCGAAGACGAUAUCGUCAUCAGGCCCUGCGCCACGAACGAGAAGGCCGAUGCCACAGUCACCAUGACCGAGUGCGUUCCGGGCCCGACGGCGGUGGAACAGACCUCUCAGUCCAGGCCUUCUCUCAGCGGCCGCCGCGCCUCCGCCGAGGAUACCAACCUGCAAGAGCUUUGGGAAUGCAUGCUUGAGCUCCAGCAACAAUAUCACUGCUACAACUCGACGCGUAUGGAGAUUGCUGCCGAUAGGGAGGACGCCAUGGACAUGAUGCCCACCAAGUAUUGCAUGGACAUGCUCAACGACUCCAUCGAGUCCCUUCCCGAAGAGGGCUGGAAGAAGCUCAGCAAGUUCCUCAUCACCGACCUGGAGCACGCCCAAAAAUCGCAAAAGUGGAAGUUCUGGAAGCACCUCUAG